UUACUCACGUUUCUCUGCAAUUUCGCGCCCCUGUGUUUAGGGUUCUUCAGAGGUGGUUUCCCCGUUUUGUUGGGGAACCCCUGCGAUUCGAAUCCUUCAGGAGGCGAUCUUGUUUUGUGUUUGUUUCAAUGUAGAUGAAAUUGGAAAAAACAAAAUCUGUGCAUCGACAGUUUUUUUUCUUCUCGGAAUAGGAAGAAGAUGCGAAGCUUGAGUUUGUUCUACAAAGGUUCGUCGAAGAAGGCUUCUCUUUCUCUGUCGGCACCUGGGCGGAGAAUUGUGUCUCCGUUGAUCGAUGCAACCAUAGAAUCUGCUGCGGAGAUCAUCGAGAAAUGGAGCACGGAGUACUCGACAUCGUCGAACUUCUAUUCUCUGUUCAACGAGAGCAAGCGAGAAGCGAGGGAGUUCGUCAGACGAGUUAAGGAUUUGCAGAAGGCGAUGGAUCUGUUGAUUUUGGAGGAUGCGAAUGCAGAGCAGUCUCAGAGAGCGCAGAAUCUGAUGAAGAUCGCGAUGAAGAGGCUGCGAAAGGAGUUUUACCAGAUCCUAUCGAUGAAUCGUGCGCAUCUCGAUCCCGAACCCGUCUCCAGUCGAUCCUCCGACGAAUUUGGUACCUCAGAUCAUUCUUCCGACGAAGAUGGUGGUGGUGCACGUCAUCGCGCCAGUGAUUCCAUCACCGAAAUGGAGGAAGUGUCGAUAAACGCCAUGGCUGAUUUGAAAUCCAUCGCUGAUUGCAUGCUCGCCGCAGGUUACGCCAAGGAGUGUGGGAGUAUGUACAAAACCUUGAGGAAAUCGAUCAUCGACGAAGCGAUGUACCGUCUCGGAAUCGAGAAAAUCAGCCCGUCGACGGCGAAGAAGAUGUCAUGGGAGGUUGUUGAGUUGAAGACUCAAACCUGGUUAGAGGCUCUGAAGGUUUCCAUGACAACGCUCUUCAAUGGCGAGAGGGUUCUGUGCGAUCACAUCUUCUUAUCAUCCGAUGCCAUCAGAGAGUCGUGUUUCAGCAACAUCUCCAAUGACGGAGCGCUUCUCCUGUUUGGAUUCCCGGAAAUGGUAGCUGCAAAGGACAAGAAAAAUCCGCCGCCAGAGAAAAUUUUCCGGUUGCUGGAAAUGUACAGAGGAAUCGACGAAAACUCGCACGCAAUCCGAUCGAUCUUCUCCUUGUCUUCGAGCUCUGCAGUCAUAUCUCGAGCUUCCAAUUCACUAAACCAGCUCAGCGAGAUGAUUCGCUCUCUCAUGGCGGAUUUCGAGAACGGAAUCCAAAAGGACACGUCGAAGACGGUGGUUCGCGCUGGAGGAGUUCAUCCUCUGACAGUCCUCGCCAUGAAUUACCUCUCUCUCCUCGCCGAUCACUGCGACGUCCUUGCCGAUAUCCUCAUGCGAUCACCACCGCUGGAGAAAUCGUUGUUGCCGGAAAGUUACUUCAACGUCUCGGAAUCCGACGGAUCUCCGGCGUCAGAGAUAAGAAUCCGAUUCGCAUGGCUCAUCCUCGUGCUCCUCUGCAAAAUCGACGCAAAAUCCGAGUCGUACAAGGACUUCUCCGUGCAGUAUCUCUUCCUCGCGAACAAUCUCCAACACGUGGUCUCGUGCGUUCACGGCUCUUGGAGCAUGAGAAACCUCCUCGGCGAUGACUGGAUCGCAAGGCACUUCGAUAAGGCGAGGCAGUUCGCGGCGAGCUACGAGCGACUCGCCUGGGGCUCCGUCGCCUCCGCCUUGACGAAAAAUCCUUCCUCGCCGGAAUCGGUGAUGGAGUGCUUCGAGACGUUCGCUGCGAGUUUCGAGAGCGCGUACAAGAAGGAGAGUGCAUGCGUCGUACCGGAUCCCAAUCUCCGAGACGAGAUGAAAAUGUCGAUCGCGAGAAAGCUGGUGCCGAUAUAUCGCGAGUUUUACUACACGCAUCGGAACACCGUUGUGAUGGCGGGAAACGAAGCGGGGAUGAAGUUGGCGUUGGUUGUCAGAUUUACCCCUGACGAUGUAGAGAACUAUUUGUCGGGUUUGUUCUUUGGGAAGGGUAUUUUAGAGAAUACACAUCCCACGUUGUCGUCUAUAUCUGUCUCCUACGCUUCGUCUACUUCCCCUAAUCGACGUUCUCGGUCGUGCAGAAGAUUUUAAGGGAAACGAAUGCAUUUAUUUUUUAAUUGUUUUUUUUUCGCGUGGGUUUACUCCCAUCUAUUUUUUGAAUUGUUUAAAAAAAAUGGUUGAGGAGUUAUGACUAGUCGGUUAAUAUAAAUGUAAAAUUCAAAAAACUUACUAAAUUAUAUA